CCAGCGUCUCGCCUCUUCUUCCUUCACCCCAUUUCUUCGGAAGCAAAGAGGACAUUUGACUCUGAUGAGACUUUGUUUCCUUCUUGAGGUCUUUGGGAAGAGAGAGCUUGAUUUGGGGGCUCCUAGACCGAAAACUCGGCAGAAGGCCGUCGAGAGAGUCCCCGCUGCCAAGGAGCGAUGCCACCGAGGUCAACAGAGUCCACGUGGCUCCACGGGACGGCGGCGGGCAACGACAGCGAGGCGACUGCUCCGGGAACAUCAUCCCCGCAGGGUGGGGCGGCCUUCGCCAUCCGCUGCGUGAUCCCCUCGCUCUACCUGCUAAUCGUGGCCGUGGGCUUGCUGGGCAACUUCACUUUGCUGAAGAUCUUCGCCGCCCGGAGCGCCGCCCGGAGCGUGCCCAACAUCUUCAUCUCCAGCCUGGCCGCCGGCGACCUGUUGCUGCUGCUCACCUGCGUCCCGGUCGACGCCUCCCGCUUCUUCCUCGAGGAUUGGCUCUUCGGCGAGGUGGGCUGCAAGCUGCUGCCGGCCAUUCAGCUUACCUCGGUGGGUGUUUCCGUCUUCACUCUCACCGCUCUCAGCGCCGACAGGUACAAGGCCAUUGUAAAUCCAAUGGAUAUUCAAGUAUCCAAUGCAGUCCUUUGGACAUGUAUUAAAGCAAUCGGCAUCUGGAUUAUUUCCAUCUUGCUGGCAAUCCCUGAAGCUGUUUUCUCUGAAGUGGCACACAUUAUUGAUGCAGAUAAUGUCAGCUUCACAGAAUGUAUGCGCUAUCCCUUGAAGGAUGAUCUGCACCCAAAGAUUCAUUCAGUGAUGAUACUUUUGGUAUACCUUCUUAUCCCACUCACCAUAAUUAGUAUUUAUUACUACCAUAUUGCAAAGACUUUAAUUAAGAGUGCACACAAUCUGCCAGGAGAAUACAGUGAACAAUCUAAAAAACAGAUGGAGACUCGAAAACGCCUGGCCAAGAUUGUACUGGUUUUUGUUGGGCUAUUUGCUGUUUGCUGGCUGCCAAAUCAUGUACUAUACAUGUACCGGACUUUCAAUUAUCAUAAGGUUGACCCAUCCCUUGGCCACAUGAUUAUUACCUUGUUGGCUCGAGUGCUGAGCUUCAGCAAUUCAUGUGUCAACCCAUUUGCCCUGUACUUCCUCAGUGAGAAUUUUCGGAGACACUUCAAUAGCCAACUUUGCUGCUGCAGCGUGCAUCCUCAGCCAAGGCCUACUAGCUACCUGAACAAUUCUUCAGCCAUUCGAAUGUCUUCACUGGAGAACCCUGCAAGGCACACUGUUGCUAUGACAACCCUGCUGAAUGGGCAUACCCCUAAACCAGAAAUGUCAUUGUGAUUAACCAGUGCAACAUCUGACCUCAAAAAGAGAUUAUUUUAAUUAUCUUUCUUGUGGCUGGCCUCAGUUCCUUUAAAAAGCCAAUAUGUUCUAAUCUAAGGAAUAUCAUAUUUUGCUCUAGGGAUAAGUAUUUAUUAAUCAUCUUCCUAUCACUGUUGUAAGAAAUGAAGGAUAUCAUGCUUUACUUACUCUCAAGUAAAGAAAUGCUUCUAAGCUUAUUGUCCUAAAAAGUUGAACAUAAAUGAAGUCUGAAAAGGGCAUACAUGCUCAGCUGCCGCUUCAAGGGAAUUAGUCUCUGCUUAUGUCAUCUCCGCUGCGCUUAAACAACGGGCCUGCUAAAAAAUAAAAAUGUUACUUGGCUAUUCCCUUUAAAAUGAUUUUAUUUAUAUUGGAUGACACACCUAAAAAAGAAGAGCUUGGGAAAGCACCAUCCAACCUGACUGAUUAGCUUUUUGCAUGACGGCAGUUGGAUGAGGGUCAAAUGGCACAUCAACACAUUAUGAACUGUACACUUUGAAUUAAGUAACACUGAAAUGAACAAUAAUUUCUGCAAACUCUGGGAGAUAGUGGAGGACAGGUGAGCCUGGCAUGCUGUGAUCCAUGAGGGCAAACAAUUGGACAUGACUUUGCCACUGAACAACAACACUGACAAACUGGACAAUUGCCCUAUAGAUUCAUCUUUUCUUUUUGCUCUGUACUGCAUAUUUUCAGCUCUAGGCUAUUCAAGUUGACUGACCAGCAGCAAAGAACACAAAACAAUGAAUCUGUAUCUGAACAAGACUUUGUUGACAUCAACAGCCUGUUUACAGCCAGGAAAGCUAAGCACAACUUCUGUGAGACAUUUCACAGCUUCAGAGUGACAAAGGGAAAAGUGCAAGGCUCAUUUGUUUUAAAUUCUGAUAAUUAUGCUCAUCUUUUAAAGAUCUGUAUCAUAUAUUCCUGUUGUAUGAGGAAGGGAAGCAGUGAUAACCUCAGAUGCAUUAAUUCUGCUACCAAUGUAAAGUUUUCACUGUUGUCCAUGUUUGGAUCUUGGAAAACUGGAAAAUGAGAAAUUGUUUUAGCUGUAUAUAGAAUCUUUGCAUUUUUUUUUAUAGGAAGCAGAUGGAGCCAGGGCACCUGAUUGCCAGAGCCAG